AGCCAGCUCUACCACAGAUUCACCUGGAAGGGAACCGCCUUGUUCUUACCUGCCUCGCAGAGGGGAGCUGGCCUUUGGAAUUCAAGUGGAUACACAAUGGCAGGGAGCUCACCACCUACAGCAGCGAAUAUAAGUAUAUCAUCCCAUCUUUACAGAAGCUUGAUGCUGGCUUUUACCGCUGUGUGGUGCGGAACAGGAUGGGAGCACUCUUGCAGAGAAAAUCCGAAGUUCAAGUCGCGUAUAUGGGAAAUUUCAUGGACACAGACCAGAGGAAAACAGUUUCUCCAGGACACGCAGCAGUUCUAAACCUAUUGCCCAUCACCAGCUGCCCCAGACCUCAAGUGACUUGGUUUAGAGAAGGCCACAAGAUUAUUCCAAGCAACAGGAUAGCCAUCACUCUGGAGAAUCAGCUGGUGAUCCUUGCCACAACAGACAGUGAUGCUGGGGCAUACUAUGUGCAGGCCGUCAACGAGAGGAAUGGAGAAAACAAGACCAGCCCAUUCAUUCAUUUGAACAUAGCAAGAGAUAUUGCUGCACCAGAAGCCAUGGCUCCAGUCAUUGUGGUUGCCCCGGGAAACAGGAGUGUGGUGGCAGGGUCCAGUGAGACCACCUUGGAGUGCAUUGCCAAUGCCAGGCCUGUGGAAGAAGUAAGCGUGCACUGGAAGAGAAAUGGUGUGCGACUUACCAGCGGGCUACACAGCUUCGGCAGGCGCCUCACCAUCAGCAACCCCACAUCCGCUGACACUGGGCUGUAUGUUUGUGAGGCCUCACUUCGGGGCAGCGCCUUCGAACCAGCCAGGGCGAAAGCCUUCCUCUCUAUCAUAGAGCCACCAUAUUUCACUGCUGAGCCUGAGAGUCGGGUUUUAGUGGAAGUGGAAGAAACUGUGGACAUUGCAUGUCAAGCCAUGGGGGUCCCUGUUCCCACGCUCCAGUGGUACAAAGAUGCCAUUCCCAUCAGCAAGCUCCAGAACCCUCGAUACCAGGUCCUGUCCAGUGGAGGCCUACGCAUUCAGAAGCUGCAUCCAGAAGACUCUGGAAUCUUCCAGUGCUUUGCCAGUAAUGAAGGAGGGGAGAUCCAGACCCACACCUACCUAGAUGUGACUAAUAUCGCCCCGGCCUUCACCCAGCGUCCUGCUGACACCACGGUGACUGAUGGGAUGACAACCGUGCUGAGAUGUGAAGUGUCUGGAGCCCCCAAACCUGCCAUCACUUGGAAGAGAGGGAACCAUAUUCUGGCCAGUGGCUCUGUCCGGAUUCCUAGGUUUAUGCUACUAGAAUCUGGAGGCCUACAGAUCACCCCUGCUUCCAUCCAGGAUGCCGGCAACUACACCUGCUAUGCAGCCAACACAGAGGGCUCCCUGGAUGCGUCGGCAGCACUCACUGUGUGGAAUCGAACGUCCAUCGUGCUUCCUCCUGAGGAUCAAGUCGUGAUUAAGGGGACCACGGCCAUGCUGCACUGCGGAGCCACUCAUGACCCCCGCAUUUCUCUCCGCUAUGUCUGGAAGAAGGACAAUGUGGCCAUCACCCCCUCUGGCAGCUCUAGAAUCAUGGUGGAGAAGGAUGGAUCCCUCCUUAUUAGCCAGACAUGGUCAGGUGACAUCGGAGAUUACACCUGUGAGAUUCUGUCUGAGGGAGGCAACGAUUCCAGAACAGCCCGGCUAGAAGUAAUUGAACUGCCUCACCCACCUCAAAACCUCCUGGCCAGCCUGAGCCCCUCGCACAGCCACUCAGUGACGCUUUCCUGGGUACGGCCCUUCGAUGGCAACAGUCCCGUCCUCUACUACAUUGUGGAGCUGUCUGAAAACAACUCUCCAUGGAAAGUACAUCUGUCAAACGUUGGCCCAGAGGAGACCAGCGUCACCGUAAGCGGCCUGACUCCUGCUCGCACCUAUCAGUUCAGAGUGUGUGCAGUGAAUCAAGUGGGGAAAGGCCAGUACAGCACAGAGACGAGCAGGUUGAUGUUACCUGAAGAACCUCCAAGUGCUCCCCCAAAAAAUAUCGUGGCCAGUGGGCGGACCAACCAGUCCAUCAUGGUGCAGUGGCAGCCACCCCCAGAGACAGAGCAUAAUGGAGUGCUGCGUGGCUACAUCCUCAGAUACCGCCUGGCUGGUUUGCCUGGCGAACAUCAACAGAAGAACAUCACCAGCCCUGAGGUCAACUACUGCCUGGUGACAGAUCUGAUCAUCUGGACCCAGUACGAAAUCCAGGUGGCCGCCUACAAUGGAGCUGGCCUGGGCGUCUUCAGCAGGGCUGUGGCAGAGUACACCUUACAGGGAGUGCCCACAGCGCCCCCACAGAACGUGCAGGCUGAAGCUGUGAACUCUACCACUGUUCAGUUCCUGUGGAACCCUCCCCCACAGCAGUUCAUCAACGGCAUCAACCAAGGAUACAAGCUUCUAGCCUGGCCAGUAGAUGUCCCCGAGGCCGUCACCAUGGUCACCAUCGCGCCGGACUUCCAUGGCAUCCACCAUGGGCAUAUUACGAACUUGAAGAAGUUCACGGCCUACUUCACGUCCGUCCUGUGUUUCACCACCCCUGGAGAUGGGCCACCAAGCACACCCCAACUGGUGUGGACCCAUGAAGACAAACCUGGAGCCGUGGGACAUCUGAGCUUCACAGAGAUUCUGGACACCUCUCUCAAGGUCAGCUGGCAGGAGCCCCUGGAGAGAAAUGGCAUCAUCACAGGCUAUCAGAUUUCCUGGGAAGUGUAUGGGAAGAAUGACUCUCGGCUCACACACACCCUCAACAGCACAACCCAUGAGUACAAGAUCAAAGGGCUGUCAUCCCUCACUACUUACACCAUUGAUGUGGCUGCCAUGACAGCCGCAGGGGCCGGCCUGACCACAUCGUCCACCAUCUCUUCUGGGGUGCCCCCAGACCUUCCCGGUGCUCCAUCCAACCUGGUCAUUUCCAACAUCAGCCCUCGCUCAGCCACACUUCAGUUCCGACCAGGCUACGACGGGAAGACGGCCAUCUCCAGAUGGAUUGUGGAGGGGCAGGUCGGAGCCAUUGGUGAUGAGGAGGAGUGGAUCAGCCUUUACGAGGAGGAGAAUGAGCCUGACGCCCAGAUGCUGGAGAUCCCAAACCUCACACCGUACACUCACUACAGAUUUCGGAUGCGACAAGUGAACAUUGUUGGUCCAAGCCCCUUCAGCCAGUCCUCCCGCGUCAUCCAGACCCUGCAGGCCCCGCCAGAUGUGGCACCCAGCAGCAUCACCGUGCGCACAGCCAGCGAGACCAGCCUGCGCCUGCGCUGGGUGCCGCUGCCCGAUUCCCAGUACAAUGGGAACCCUGAGUCUGUGGGCUAUAGGGUGAAGUACUGGCGCUCAGACCUCCCAUCUUCAGCACUCGCCCAAACUGUCAACGACCGGCUGGAGAGGGAGCUCACCAUUGAGGAGCUAGAGGAGUGGACAGAGUACGAGCUACAGAUGCAAGCCUUCAACGCCAUCGGGGCUGGGCCCUGGAGUGAGCUGGUGCGGGGCCGGACGCGGGAAUCCGUUCCCUCGGCCGCCCCUGCCAAUGUAUCUGCCCAGGCUGUCAGCUCCACCCAGAUCCUGCUGACAUGGAGCUCCGUCCCUGAGCAGGACCAGAAUGGGCUGAUCCUGGGCUAUAAGAUUCUGUACCGAGCCAAAGACCUGGACCAAGAGCCCCGGAGCCACGUGGUACGAGGGAACCACACCCAGUCUGCACUGCUGGCUGGCCUGCGCAAAUUCGUGCUGUAUGAGCUCCAAGUGCUGGCAUUCACCCGCAUUGGGAACGGGGUCCCCAGCUUGCCCCUCAUCCUCGAGCGCACCAAAGAUGACGCCCCAGGCCCCCCAGUGAGGCUGGUGUUCCCCGAAGUAAGGCUCACAGCUGUGCGGAUUGUGUGGCAGCCCCCAGAGGAGCCCAACGGUGUGAUUCUGGGGUACCAGAUUGCCUACCGCCUGGCCAGCAGCAGCCCGCACACAUUUACCACCGUGGAGGUGGGCGCCACAGUGCGACAGUUCACAGCCACGGAGCUGGCCCCAGAGUCUGCGUACAUCUUUAGGCUGUCUGCCAAGACGAGGCAGGGCUGGGGGGAGCCGCUGGAGGCCACGGUCAUCACCACCGAGAAGAGAGAGAGGCCGGCACCCCCCAGAGAGCUGCUGGUACCACAGGCCGAGGUGACAGCACGCAGCCUGCGGCUCCAGUGGGUCCCGGGCAGUGAUGGAGCCUCCCCCAUCCGCUACUUCACCGUGCAGGUGCGAGAGCUGCCCAGGGGAGAGUGGCAGACCUACUCCUCCUCCAUCAGCCAUGAGGCCAUGGCCUGCGCUGUCGAAAGGCUGAGGCCCUUCACUUCCUACAAGCUGCGCUUGAAAGCCACCAACGACAUUGGGGACAGUGACUUCAGUUCAGAGACAGAAGCGGUCACCACUCUGCAGGACGUUCCAGGAGAGCCCCCCGGUUCUGUCUCCGCGACGCCCCACACUACAUCCUCGGUUCUGAUUCAGUGGCAGCCGCCCCGGGACGAGAGCCUGAAUGGCCUUCUGCAGGGAUACAGGAUCUACUACCGAGAGCUGGAGGCUGAGGCAGCUGCAGGCCCUGAGGCCAAGACCCUCAAGAGCCCCUCAGCCCUGCGAGCUGAGCUCACAGCCCAAAGCAGCUUCAAGACCGUGAACAGCAGCUCUACAUUAACCACGUAUGAAUUAACACAUCUGAAAAAGUAUCGCCGCUAUGAAGUGAUCAUGACUGCCUAUAACAUCAUCGGUGAGAGCCCAGCCAGUGCGCCUGUCGAAGUCUUUGUCGGUGAGGCUGCCCCUGCGAUGGCCCCACAGAACAUCCAAGUGACCCCGCUCUCUGCCAGCCAGCUGGAGAUCACAUGGGAGCCCCCACCCCCAGAGAGCCAGAACGGGAACAUCCAGGGCUACAAGAUUUACUACUGGGAGGCAGACAGCCAGAAUGAAACUGAGAAGAUGAAGGUCCUGUUCCUCCCUGAACCCAUGGUGAAGCUGAAGAACCUCACCAGCCACACCAAGUACCUGGUCAGCAUCUCUGCCUUCAAUGCAGCAGGUGAUGGGCCCAAGAGCAAGCCUCGCCAGGGACGCACCCACCAGGCUGCUCCUGGGGCUCCCAGCUACUUGGCUUUCUCAGAAAUAACAUCUACCACACUCAACGUUUCCUGGGGUGAGCCCCUGGCGGCCAAUGGGGUCCUGCAGGGCUAUCGCGUGGUGUACGAGCCGCUAGCACCUGUCCAGGGGGUGAGCAAGGUGGUCACUGUGGAUGUAAAGGGGAACUGGCAGCGCUGGCUGAAGGUACGAGACCUCACCAAGGGAGUGACCUAUUUCUUCCGUGUCCAAGCUCGAACCAUCACCUAUGGGCCAGAACUCCAAGCCAAUGUCACAGCUGGGCCGGCCAAGGGGUCCCCAGGGUCACCUAGAGAUAUCAUGAUUACCAAGUCUUCCUCUGAGCUGACGCUGCAGUGGACAGAGGGGAACGCCGGCGACACGCCCACCACAGGCUACGUCAUUGAGGCUAGACCCUCAGAUGAAGGUUUGUGGGACAUGUUUGUGAAGGACAUUCCCCAGAGCACCACUUCCUACACCGUCGGCCUGGACAAGCUCCGGCAAGGGGUGACGUACGAGUUUCGGGUGGUGGCUGUGAACAAGGCCGGCUAUGGGGAGCCCAGCAGCCCUUCCACAGCAGUGUCAGCUCAAGUGGAAGCCCCAUUCUACGAGGAGUGGUGGUUCCUGCUGGUGAUGGCGCUGUCCAGCCUGCUCAUCAUCCUGCUCGUCGUGUUCGCCCUGGUCCUGCACGGGCAGCACAAGAAGUACAAGAACUGCGGCGCAGGUAAGGGCAUCUCCACCAUGGAAGAGUCUGUGACCCUGGACAAUGGAGGGUUUGCUGCCCUGGAACUCAACAGUCGCCACCUCAAUGUCAAGAGCACCUUCUCCAAGAAGAACGGGACCAGAGCUUUACCCACUAAGCCACCCCCAGGCCUCUGGAAAACAGAAGGAGAAGCGAUAUUAACGCAGCCGCAAGAAAUCCUCAGGGCCAGCCAUACCUCAGCAGAGCCCAAGAGUGAACACCCACCAAGUGGCCGCAGCCCCCCUGCUCAGCUGCCUCUGGGCCCCUCGGGUCGCUUCGUGGCCAUGCAAGCCUCCGACUCGGACUACGAGGACGCCCCUCCCAAGCACUCGUUUGUCAACCACUACAUGAGCGACCCCACCUACUACAACUCGUGGAAGCGGCGGCCCGCGGCGCCCGCGGCGCACAGGUACGAGGCGGUGGCCGGGGCCGAGGCGGGCGCGCACCUGCACCCGGUCAUCACCACGCAGAGCGCGGGCGGCGUGUACACCCCGGCGGCCGGGCCGCGCGCGCCGCUCACCGGCUUCUCCUCCUUCGUGUGAGCCCCGCCGGGCGGACCUCGGGAGUCUUAUUUUUGUUAAAGACAAUCAACUCCAACCGCUGAGCUGAAGUUUCUUUCGUUUUCCAACCACACAAAAACCCCAACCUGAUAAGCAGUGAUCCCCACCGGCGGACGCUAGAGUUCAAACUUAGGAAGGUUUUUUUAAAAAAUGCCUUUUUUUGUAACAUCGCUGCCCAAAGCAGAUGUCUUUGUUUUCUUUUCUUUUUAAGAGAAGGUCUAUCUCCCUGGUGCACUGGCCGGCACUCCUGGGGGGCGGGGGUGCCGCUCACCCGGCCCCACCCCACCCCGGGGGGCUGGGGGCGCAGGAGAGGAGGGUUGGGUGAACCGGGGCUCCUCGGCCUGCUCCUCUGUCUACCUCCUUUCCGAGGCCCAGCCAGCUUGGUCACAGCCUGUCUGGGGACAACUUGAAGCUGCUCCUGGUCCACCCCCGGGGUUUGGAGGACAAAUCCUGCCACCUGCACCCAGAUCUUUGCUGCUGGCCAACAUGGUACUGGGCAGGGAUAGAUGGCGGCUCCGCUUCGCAUCCUGUCUGCUGCUGUGGGUGCAGAGUGAGCCUUUCCCUGCCUCCACCCCUACCCUCUUUCCGACCAGAUGACAGGAGUAGGAGGUGUCCCCUGGGUUCUGGGCGCGCCCCCCUCCCCGGGCGGUGCCCCUAAACACAGCACACGCCCACCCACCUCCCAGACUCACCUGCAGAGUGGCUUGUGAUGGAGGAGUGUGCACUGUUAACCAGAGUAUUUUUUAAAUCUUUUUAUCUUUUUUUAAACGAUGUCACAUGAAAUGAACGCGUCUUUGCUGUCUCCAGGUGCCUUUUUAUUCAUUGUUCAGCUUUGUACGUGGGAACGACAAGAAGCAGGAAUCUCCAAAUAAAGCCAACAGCU